CGACAGUAAAUCUCCGGGCAGCAUGGCUUUGAUGUGGAGUCCGUGGGCAGCGUAGCCAAGUCCAUUUUCCUGUGCUGCCUGGCUGAACAAGCGGCCAAUGCGACAUCUGCUUUUGCUCUUCCUGUGUCCCUGUGUGAUCGGGGUCGCGUUUCACCUUUGGCUGCUUAACUUCUCAGGUCUCUACUUUUGGUUUCCUCUCUGGAGGCAGAGAAAAUAUGAUGUUGUUAUAGGAGUAUUAUCAGCUCGGCAUAAUCAUGAUUUACGGAAUGCUGUACGGAACACAUGGCUACAUCACUUAACUCGGCACCCGUCAUUAAACCAACGUGUUCUUGCGAAGUUCAUAAUAGGAUCUCAUGGCUGUGAUGUUCCUAUUGAAGAUCGGGAAGACCCUUACUCCUGCAAGAUUUUAAACAUCACUGACCCAACUCUGAAGCAGGAAAUUGAAUCUUUCACCAUUCCAGAGACUGUUGUCGUAACCGAACACCGCGUGGUUAAUGUAAAUUUCCGUGUCCUUCACCCUGUGAUAAUCACCAGACUUGGAGUUUUUCAGCAUGGAAAUAUUGCAGGUUUCCAGAGGAACAUAACUGUGAAACUUUUUCAAACCGAGCAUGAGGAAUCUUUAUUUAGUGCCCGGUUUAGUCCAGCAAGCUCUGGCGUUCAGGUGAACAGGAUAUGGUAUAAGCCAGUGGAACAGUUUAUUUUACCAGAGGGGUUUGAAGGCACAGUUAUAUGGGAAAGCCAUGACUCAGAAGGCUUAAUUUCAGGAAAUGUUCACCGUGUAAUAGUCAACGAUGCUGGUGGAAUACUCAGGCUCACAACGGUUGAAGAAGGAUUAUUGCCUUAUGAAUUUACUGAGGGCGUCGAGGGCAUUGCAGGAGGCUUUACCUACACUGUUCAUGAGGGUGAAGCUCUUUUGCAUAAUUUGCAGACUCGUCCCGAAAGACUUCUAAACCAUUUAACUGCACUUGAAAAAGAGGAUGCCUUAUUGCAAGAAGAAAGCACAACAUUUCAAGACAUUGUUUUUGUUCCUGUUGUAGACACUUACAGAAAUGUCCCUUCUAAACUGCUACAUUUUUAUAGCUGGACCGUACAAUUCACAAGAUUUGAGUUUCUGUUGAAGACGGAUGAUGACUGUUUCAUCGACAUCGAGAAUAUGUUUAAAGUCAUUAACAACAAGAAAUUGAAGACUACAAACACAUGGUGGGGAAAUUUCAGGCUAAACUGGGCAGUAGAUCGAACUGGAAAAUGGCAAGAACUGGAAUACCUCAGUCCAGCAUAUCCUGCUUUUGCAUGUGGCUCUGGUUAUGUUAUAUCUCAAGACAUUGUUCAGUGGCUUGCUAGCAACUCUGGCAAUUUAAAGACUUACCAGGGUGAAGAUGUGAGUAUGGGCAUCUGGAUGUCUGCAAUUGGUCCAAGACGUUAUCAGGACACACAAUGGCUGUGUGAAAAGACAUGUGAAACUGGUAUGCUGUCCUCACCCCAGUACUCCCCACAAGAGUUAAUGGAACUUUGGAAUCAUAAAGAGCGCUGUGGAAACCCAUGUGGAUGCGAAGACAGAUGACCAAAGAAUUUACAGAUUAAUCUUUAUAUGUGCAUAUAAAUUAACCUAUAAAAUCUACUGAUUUGGAUGCUGUGUAGAGUCAAAUAUUUAAUACUGUACUAUUAUCAGUUCAAAGUAUUGUUUGUUUGUUUUUCCAAUUACUUAAGCCUGACUACAGGCCUUGAUUGGCAAUCAUACAAGAAACUGUUUCUUAAUGUUCCCAAACAUUAAAUAUAACUUGUUUUUUUUCAUUA